AUGGCUGCGGGGCGAAGGGGGCUAGGGGCGCCGCACUGGCGCUGCUGGGGCGGGCUCACGCGAGUGCGGGAGCGCCUGGGCGAACGCGGACAGCCGGCGGUCGCCGGCACACGGGGCGGCGCGCAGGCAGGGGGGCCGACGCAGGGUGGCCUGCGCUCGCCCAGGACUGGGUGGGACGGCACGCACGCUGGAGGUGCCGGCAGCGGCGCGAGAGGCUCGGUGGUGAACAGCGGCGGCGUGAGGGAGCGAGGCGACCCGGCGAGGAGCGGGAGUCCGCCGAGGACGCGUGGUGGGGGAUUUUUUCUUUCUUUUCUCUUUGCUAUUCUGUCGGAGGGAGGUGGGCUGGACGAGGGUGACGUCGUGACCCGGUCUGGGCAGGAGUGCAUCGGUUGUUUCCAGAAACUCGCUUGCGUGGCUGACAUCCGGUGGAGGCGCGUGUACAGGCGAGGAGCGGACGGACCGGAUUGGAGAACUGUAGAGCUACAGGGUUCUGAGUCUUGCGUGCUGGUUGGCACUAUUGAUCUACAGGAACGGUCACCGGAAAGAAAUAGAGUGUUCGGCUGA